CUCUCUCUCUCUCUCUCUCUCUCUCUCUCUCUCUGUGUGAGGGUUUCGUGGGGACUUUCUUACAACUCUGUAUUUCCUUUUCAACCAGCUAUAUUCGCUCACAUUAGCUGGAAUGUAUUGAGGGACUUUUGGCUUUGACUUACUCAUUUGGUGUAAAAAUAGGUGUAUUCCUUAUAAGUUUGAAAAGAGUGUUGGGGGUUGCAAUCGCAGUAUGGAGAAAGAAUUGCUUGUUCUCAUGAUUUCUUCACCAAGUCGGGAUGAUCUUGUGUUUCCAAAGGGCGGAUGGGAGGAUGAUGAAACGAUGAGUGAAGCUGCCUGUCGUGAGGCCUGGGAGGAAGCAGGAGUGAAGGGAGUUCUUGGUGAAACUCCACUGGGAGAUUGGGAGUUCAGAAGCAAGAGCAAACAGAAUAGCUGCAGCCUGCAAGGAGGUUGUAGAGGUUUCAUGUUUGCAAUGGAGGUGACUGAAGAGCUCGACUCCUGGCCUGAGCAGGCUAACUAUGGAAGGAAAUGGCUUACCACAGAAGAAGCAUUCAGAGUCUGUCGGUAUGACUGGAUGCGGGAAGCGCUUAAAAAAUUUGUGACAGCUCUCCCAGAGAGCAGGGAAAAUGACACAAUAAAAGAACUGGAAGAACUUCCUUUGAGGCCAAUCUCAGAAGUUGAGCAUCAAAUGCCAUCACAAGGCUGCUUUGGCAGUCAUCCUAGCAUCCAGCAGCUUGCAGCUUGAAAAUCCAUGUAGCAAAUGCAAAUGCAUUGCACAGGGUUGCGAAAGAGUCAUGUAGAAACUUCGUGUACUGAAAGUUGCCAGUUUAGCAAUUCUCUCUGGUCUUAAAUUGCAGUAUUAUUUAGUAAUUCUGUUUAUUUUUUUUAGUGAGUCUGUUUAGCUCUUCAUCAUUUGUACAAACCCUGUAAUCAAAAUCAAAUCAAGAUUUGAUGCAAUCAACUGUUCAUUAUAGCCCU